AUGUUCGUGAAACGAACGGCGCGGGUUUCCAACCAGCGGCUCGUUCUUGCAGACUUCCAACGUCCGACUCAGGAGGAGAAGAAAGCCUUGAAGUCUGACAGCUUUGCGCGGCUCCACCAGGUGAUGGCUCCGAUCGUGGCGCCGGAGCGGAGGGCCACUUUGUUGAGCACCAUCUCUUCCUUUGCCCAGCUGGGCAUCGGUCACGCUGUCGAAGGCGGCCGGACGUCGGACUUCGAACGCGUUCGUGGGGGCGAACGCGAUGACCGGCGACGCGUUCGAAGCGAAGGCGAAGGAGCCGGGGUGUUUGGGGAAGCAGAGAAAUGGGCGGAUGGCUUUCAGAUGGAGAAGCAGAAAUGGUGUGUCCGGAAACUGUGCUAA